CCCUGCGGUGAGGAUGGGGUUGCACUGGAGAAGGCUCCUGCCCUUGCUGCUGGGGCUGCUGCUGGACCCCUGGGGCACAGGCUCCUUCCCACUUGAGCCCUGCCGGACCUGCCGGGAGCUCGCCAGCAGCUUUCUCAAGGGCCUGGAGCGGACAGAGCGGGAGAAUUUCGGGGGAGGGAACACGGCCUGGGAGGAGGAGAAGCUGGCAAAAUAUGCGCACAGUGAGACGCGCCUGCUGGAGGUGCUGGAGAGCAUGUGUGGCAAGACGGACUUUGCGUGUCACCAGCUGCUGGAGCAGAGUGAAGACCACGUGGAGAGCUGGUGGUUCCAGGGACAGCAGCAGCACCCUGACUUCUUCCAGUGGCUCUGCAUGGACACUCUGAAGGUCUGCUGCCCACCUGGCACCUAUGGCUCUGACUGCCUGCCAUGUGCUGGUGGGCACCAGCAGCCAUGCAGCGGGAACGGUAAAUGUGAUGGCGAGGGGACGCGCACGGGCACUGGCCUAUGCAUGUGCAGCCUGGGCUACGGCGGCUCCUUCUGCUCUGAAUGCGCAGACGGCUACUACGAGGCAGCCAGGAACGAGAGCCAUCUGAUAUGUGCUGAGUGCUACCGGGCAUGCGGGCGCUGCUCAGGGCCAGAGGACUCCAGCUGUCUGCGCUGCAAGAGGGGCUGGGCACUGCAUGAGCACAGGUGCAUUGACAUUGAUGAAUGUGGCACGGAGAUGGCGCAUUGUCGGGCCAACCAGUUCUGCGUCAACACCGAAGGCUCCUAUGAGUGUCGAGACUGCGCCAAGGCCUGUGUCGGCUGCAUGGGCGCCGGGCCUGCCCGCUGCAAAAGGUGCAACAAAGGCUACCAACGGGAUGGAGCAAAGUGCCUGGACGUGGACGAGUGUGCCACCGCGCAGGAACCUGUCUGCACCAGGGCCCACGAGGUGUGUGAGAACACGGACGGCAGCUACCGGUGCGUGUGUGCAGAGGGUCACGUGCGCAGGGAUGGCGAGUGUGUGGAGGACAAAGCCCCAGACACCCCGGCAAAGGGCUUUUUCGAUGAGGUGACGGAGGACGAGGUGGUGGUGCUGCAGCAGAUGUUCUUCGGUGUGGUGAUCUGUGCGCUGGCCACGCUGGCUGCCAAGGGCGACAUGGUCUUCACCGCCAUCUUCAUCGGUGCGGUGGCAGCCAUGGCCGGCUACUGGCUAUCGGAGCGCAGCGACCGCGUGCUCGAUGGGUUCCUGAAGGGCAGAUAGCUCCGGGCGGGAGGCUCCUCCCUGCCCUGAUACAGGGCCUGGGUGGGCGAGGCCCAUAGCACUGGCUUGGGGAUUGUCCAUGUGAUGGGGAGCAGGGGGCACCUGGCUUCAGGGGGCCCCAGGACUGAGGGUGGGGUGGGAAGCUGGUGGGGGCCCCUGGCUCUGGGUGGCCCCAGGGGGUGGGGUGGUGCAGGGCAGGAUCUGGCACCCCCUGGCCAGACCUUUCCGGAGUUCUCAGAGAAUCGCUUUCCCCUGGAGAUGUUUUGUCCAUGUGGAUCGCACUUGCUGUGCAGGCGCUUCGUGCCGUGUCGCUGGGGCUAUGCUCUGCAUGUGCCCCCCCUCCAGCGCAUGGGCUGCAGGGCAGGUGGUGGUUCCCGCUGGGAGUUGCCAGGCCGGAGGAGACCUAGUGCUGCAGAGUGCAGCGCUCCAGAGAUGGCAUCUGCCCAGUCAGGGGCCUUGUGACUGGCACAGCAAUGAGCAGCAUGCUAGGCCCCCCAGGCAGAGAACAGCCUGCCUGCUGGGAGAAAAGGGGCUGUUGGUACCGCCUGGAGCCACACCGGAAGCCUUUGGGAGGGGUGGCCGGGGCUGUGUCCCGUGCGACAGGCAGGGACUCGUCUGCUGGGUUUGGUCCCGUUGACUCUCUCACUGCCUGGGGCUGGAACUGUUUCUCUUGGGCUUAAGAGCAUAAGACUGGCUGGACUGGGUCAGACCAAAGGUCCAUCCAGCCAGGCUUGAAUGAUCUUUAGGAAAGACACCAGGGAGGGUGGCUGGCUAAUUGACGUGGAGUCUGCCCCCUCCACAUGUGGUGCAGGACGGGCCUGCCAGAGAGCUGGGAGCUGGCGGACACUGGCUUGCCCUUGGCCAGUUGGGGUGAUGUGCAGAGAGCACUGCGGGAGGAGGCCGGAACAGAUCCGUCAGCCCCAGAGACCUGCCUUGGGAUCCCCACUGACUGAGUGUGGGGGUAGCAUGCUGAGCCACCUCGGCAAGCUGCAGCCCAGGGGCUCUGGGUGGAGAAUAGGGUCAUGGGUCUUGGGAAAGCGGGAGGGGAACUGAUGGAUGGGUGGAGAGUUGCAGUCAGGCUGAGAGUUCCUGGGCUGCAGCCUGCCUGAUCUGCUCGUGUCUGCAGGAUGGGGGAAGCAGUGAGAAAAGGGCCUGGUGGGAUUCCCGUCUAGGGCCCGCUCUGGAGCGCCAUAGGGGUGUUUUAUGUCUGUUGGUGGCAAACAGGACGGUCCUAGGAGAGCCCCAUCUGCAGAACGGGUUUGAGACCAGGGUCCUCCGGGGACCUCUCAGGCUGACCAUGUGCUGGCUGCGGAGAGCAUGCGGGGCUGAUGGUUGGUCAGUGGAGAGCGGCUGGGUUCUCUCGGGAUCCGACACUGCUGCUGGCUGAGAGGAGGGGCAGGAGUCUCCUAGGUGUUGACAUGGUGGUGGAUGGCUCGGAGUGCCAGCACAGCGUGGAGCAGCAGCCUUUGUGCCUGGAGGGCUUGGGGAGCUUCCUGUGAGUCUGCAGAAAGCUCUGCUCAGGGCUGCACCGGGGCACAGCUGCAAGGUCAGGGUCCAUGAGAUCUUUGGGGGCUGGGACACGGAUCUGAACGGCCAGGAGAGAGUCCCAGGGGAAGUCUGGCAGGAGGUGCAGCAUAUGCCCAGGAUGGCUUGUGGCCCAGUCGUUUGAGGCAGGUCCUUGGUGUGGUUUGUGAUUUGCGCUUCAGGUGGUGGUGGGGUGGCUGUCUCCCCGGGGAGGUAGGCACCUGCUCAGCCCUUUGAGCUCUGCACUGGCCUCUGCAGCCCUGGAGGGGGGACACUGGCAGCGGAGGCCAGACAAAUUCAAAUUGGAAGUCGGGUGCGUGACUGACCCCAGGAAGUGGUGGGACAGACGCGGCCAGCUCUGGAAACUGCUGGGCCCAACACGGGUAUCUGGGCAGUACCGACUGGCCUGUGUUGGACAGGAGUCAGGCCUUGAACCCUGAGUCUCUGGAGGGCUCCUGACUUCCCUUGGCUGAGCCAGUGGACGCAGGUGGUUGAGAGCAGGCCCUGUUGCCUCAGGGCGGGGGAGGCUUUGGCUCGUGCAGGUGGAGCUGUGCUGAGAACUGGGUCCCGGGGGAAUGGCGAGAGCUGCAAACCAACCCUGAGCAUCUCCAGUGAGGACAGUGGAGGCAGUGCUGAGCUUCGCUGGCUUGGCUCCAGAAUAGGACUCAGCCCCCCAAAGUCUCCAGGUACUUUACUGGGGGAAGGCGGGAUCUGGAGGCUGCUUCUUGUCUGUCAUGAGAAAGCCCCCUCCCCUUUCAGGGACUAUUUGGGGCAGAGACUGGAUGUGUCUGGAGACAGCUGGCUGGUUCCAGCCCAAGCCUGAGAGAUGUAGGUGAGCUGGCACAGAAGGUAGGGCAGGGGCCAGAGCUCGCAUUCAAUUAGCAAGGGGCCCUUGCCCACUGUGUCAGAGCUGCUUCCUUGUGAGGACGGAGACUGGAAAACAGCCUGCCUUCUGCGCGGACUGGGGGGUGCUGAGGAGCAGAUGUUCCCAGUUCUGGCUGCUGGAGUCCCUAGUUCUGGGGGUCCUAGAGCCCUCCAAGGCAUGAAGGGGGAGUCGGUGUGGGGACUGACUGGAGUGCGAACCCCUGCAUGAGACGAUGGGGCUGCCAGGUAUCAGGCCAGACUCCACAGACUGAAAUCAGCUUGGCCUUGUGGGACCGUGCUCCUGCCCAGGGGAAGUGCUGCUGUCUGGCGCAAUGUGCCUGGGCACUGCCCGCUGGCAGGAGUUGGACACACGCUGGGGAACCAGGACGUGUCUGCAUGUAGCUGGUGGAGAUGAGGGUGCUGGACUCUGCCGUGGGUUGCUGGCUCCCAGAGGCCCUGCUGCCGGGCACUGCCAGUGCCCUGGGCAAAGGGUGAAUAUCGAGCAGCUGCUAAGCCUCCCAUUGCACUGCUGUGAUCUCAGUCUCCAGUGUUUGGUGUUCUGCUCAAGUGCCCUUGGCACCUUCUUCAUGGGGGACGAUGAAGGGUACUUACCUGGAGGAAGAGCUGGGUUGUGAAACUUCUCCCCAGGGACUUCCUCUUCUGCAUGCCGGCUCCGGGGCAGUGCGGGGUGUCCGCAAGCGGGACACAGCCGGGGAGCGAGAUCCUGCUCACCUUUGGGCUGAACGGGAAGGAGACACCCCCCUACUGCGCCACAGGGACCAUGUGGCUGAAUUGUUUGAAGAGAAGCUCCCGCCCCAGGAUCUACCCAGCUGCCCCCUUUGGCAUGAGCCUCCGUCUAGGGAUCUGUCACUCUAGCAGUGGAGCACCUCGCUGUGGGCCCUCCAUGGCAGAGAGGGGACGGAGGCCCAGAUGAAUGAAGUGACUGGGAACUGAGUUUGGUCGUCUCUAUCCCUGCCCCCAGGGGGAGAACAGGAGCAGGGUCCCUGCUCAAGGAUGGGAGCCUGAGCAGGGCCAAGUCCUGCUGGAGCUGAGUGCCCAGUGCUGGGCCUGUUCAGCACAAGGCCCCUGACUCGGGGCUCUGAUCUCUUGGGGGGCAGCAGAGCGGUGCCAGAUGCUCACCCUCUGGCAGAGCCCGGUGCCCAUGAGGCAGGACCACACGUGGCCACUCCUGGGCUCUGGGAAGGGAGGCACCUGCCCCUGCUGGGGGUGGAGGGGCUUUUAAAGAGGGGCUUUUAUCUGUCCUGCCCUCGCAUCUGUGGCCUCAUGACUGCCAGCCAUAGCAGAGAGAAGCAGGGCCAGUCUUGGCUGAGUGCCAGGUGGGGGGCCCCAACCCUAGAAAAGCAGGUUUAAUACUGGCGGUGGGGCCUGAUCCACAGACUGCCCCCCCCCCCGGUCCUGUGGGAGCUGGGUGUGGAUGGGAGAGUGGGGCCAGCUGGCUGCGGCCACACUCCAAGGCCCAUGGAGGCAUCCUAGCCCACGAUGACUACUCCAGGAGCAACAGCUUGAGAUGGGUGCCCUGCCCAGCGAGGUGUGGCUCAGCCCCUCACUCCAGCACUGCUCAGGGCCCCGGGCAUGGCUGCACUCUCUCCACCAACCAGCACCGAAGGGGCAAAGGGAGUUAGUUUGAAUAUGCCCCCCACUCCCCGGCUGCCUAGAUCCAUUAGCACUAGGACUGGCAAGAGAUUAAAAAAAUAGUAUCUACAGUGUGAAUAAUUUAUUUCAAUAUUUGUUUUCUACAUUUUCAAAUACAUCAGUUUCAAUUAUAGUACAGAAUACAAAAUGUACAGUGCUCACUUUGAUUAUGAAUAUUUACGCUGUAAAAAGACAAAAGGAAUAAUAUUUUUCAGUUCACCUCAUGUAAGUACUGUAGUGCAAUCUCUUUAUCAUUAAAGUUGAAUUUACAAAUGUAGAAUUAUGUACAAAAAAGUCUACAUUCAAAAAUAAAUGUAAAACUUUAAAGCCU